AUGAUUAUUCUAUGUAUUGUUCAUCUUGCCAAACGAUCAAGUAGUGAAUCUUCAAAUCCAAUUCAUCCACCUAUAUUUCAUUUUCGUAGUCUUCCACGACUUUUUGGUAUUUGUGUGUACAGUUUUAUGUGUCAUCAUUCAAUUCCAAGUAUAAUAGCACCAAUACGUUCGAAAAAUAAACUUAAAUCUUUAUUUGCAUAUGAUUAUAUAUGUAUAUCAUUAUUUUAUUUAUUAUUAUCUUUAACAGCUAUAUUUACAUUUGAAUCAUUUGAAGAUCUUUAUACAUUGAAUUUUCGUCCAACAACACGAUGUACUCAUUCAAAUGUUAAUGUACCUAAAGUAUUAGCUUAUUUUAUAUCAUUAUUUCCUGUAUUUACAUUAAGUUCAAGUUUUCCAAUAAUUGGUAUAACAUUAAGAAAUAAUCUUGAAACUGUUUUAAAAUCAUGUUUAAAUGUUAAACGAAAACAACGUUUUCUACUUGUUAUAUUUGUUCUUUUAUUACCUUGUACAGUUAGUAUAUUAAUAGAAAAUAUUAAUUUUCUUGUUGGUUUUACUGGUUCAUAUGCCGGUGUAGCUGUACAAUAUGUUAUACCAGCAUUAUUAGUUUAUAAUGCACGACGUCAAGCACAAGUUAAACUUCGUCGACCAGUACAUUUUGAUAAUCAAUCAUUUUUUCAAAAUAAAUAUUGGGUUUUUGGUGUACUUUUAUGGGCAUGGUUAGCUGUUAUUGUUAUAACAAUAUAUAAUAUACUUCCAUCGAAUAUUUUUAUGUAA